AUGAAGAUCGCGUCUAUUACCGCUGCUAUUUCUCUUUUGGCCGUUGCCACAUCCGCUUUGCCUCACGGAGGUUAUAAUACCAACGUUGGUGGUAGCAACGUCGAUGGCCACGUUAGCGGUGUUCUGACUAACGCAGCCAAGGGUGGCGUUCUUGCAAGCAACGACAGAAACUCGGACACCACUGUCAUCAAUGGUCAUCACAAGCGUGGUUUUUCGGAUACCAAUGUCGGCGGUAGCAACGGUGAAGGUUCCGUUAGCGGUGUUGCCACCAACCUUCUGAAGGGUGGUGUUAUUGCCUCGAACGACAAGAACUCGGGUACUACUGUUGUCGGUGGUGGCUACCAGGGUCAACAUGUACGUCGCUGGUCAGAUACCAACGUUGGUGGCAGCAACACCGAGGGUCAUGUCAGCGGCGUUCUUACCAAUGUGGCCGAGGGUGGUGUUCUUGCUUCCAACGACAAGAACUCGCGCACUAACGUUGCCCAUCAACGCCGAUCCUCUGACGUUAACGUCGGUGGUAACAACGGAGAAGGUCAUGUCAGUGGUGUUGCGACCAAUCUAGCCAAGGGUGGUGUCCUUGCUUCCAAUGACAGAAACGCUGAAGCCACAGCUGUCGCUGGCCACGGCCACUACAAGCGCGGUCACUCGGAUGUCAAUGUUGGUGGUAGUAACGGUGAAGGGCACGUCAGUGGUGUUGCGACCAACUUGGCCAAGGGUGGUGUCCUUGCUUCCAACGACAGAAACGCUGACACUACAGUUAUCGCCGGCCAAGGCCACUACAAGCGCGGUCACUCGGAUGUCAAUGUUGGUGGUAAUAACGGUGAAGGGCACGUCAGUGGUGUUGCGACCAACUUGGCCAAGGGUGGUGUCCUUGCUUCCAACGACAGAAACGCUGACACUACAGUUAUCGCCGGCCAAGGCCACUACAAGCGCGGUCACUCGGAUGUCAAUGUUGGUGGUAAUAACGGUGAAGGGCACGUCAGUGGUGUUGCGACCAACUUGGCCAAGGGUGGUGUCCUUGCUUCCAACGACAGAAACGCUGACACUACAGUUAUCGCCGGCCAAGGCCACUACAAGCGCGGUCACUCGGAUGUCAAUGUUGGUGGUAAUAACGGUGAAGGGCACGUCAGUGGUGUUGCGACCAACUUGGCCAAGGGUGGUGUCCUUGCUUCCAACGACAGAAACGCUGACACCACAGUUAUCACCGGCCAAGGCCACUACAAGCGCGGUCACUCGGAUGUCAAUGUUGGCGGUAACAAUGGUGAAGGUCACGUCAGUGGUGUUGCGACCAACUUAGCCAAGGGUGGUGUUCUUGCUUCCAACGACAAAAACGCCGACACCACAGUUAUCACCGGCCAAGGCCACUACAAGCGCGGUCACUCGGAUGUCAAUGUUGCCGGUAGCAACUAUGAAGGCCAUGUCAGUGGCGUUGCGACCAACUUAGCCAAGGGAGGCGUACUUGCUAGCAACGACAAGAACUCCAACACCGAGGUUGUCGAGGAGACUAAUUCUUCUGGUCAUUUUACCAAAUUGUUGAUUCCGCGAACUGCUUGUUUCCGAUGUCGAAGCAUUAGACACAGUUGCGAUCGCAAGAACCCCUGCUCCAGAUGCAAGCUCAAAGGCCUAAGCUGCUCUUAUCCUGAACACGCGCCCACAUUAAAACAACUGCAAGAAUUGACGACGGCGCUGAGUAAUCGAGUCCAUUAUUUCCAAGGCCUCAUCCGACACCGUCCACAUCCUCCACUCGAGCAGCAAUUGACGCAUCAAAACAACGUUUUUCCAUGCCAAAAAUGCUACCAAUCUUUACAACCGUGCGACAUGACGCUACCAAGAUGCAAACGAUGUCAGCAAAACGGGGUUACAUGCGCAUAUGAUUACGACGAAAAGCCCAAGAUUUACCACAUUGCGACGGCCGUAGCAAAGCUCAAUGCGAUGAUGGACAAGUACGAACAGGCGCUUCGACGAGAAGAAAAGAAGCGGCAGCGGAAAGCAAUCUGGACGGUGAUGUCGUCGCGCCAGGGUUACACAGGAGUUGCAUAUAUUGCGUCGUACAACGAUUUACUCAAGCUGAUCGACCAUAUUGCUCAAGUCAAUCAGAGUCCCAUGAUGAUAAUGAUGGAUGUGGCACACAAGAAGAAUCGGCUGGACGAGUGUCCUUUUGCAGUAUGGGAUGCAUGGGCUUAUCCAACGCAUCCAGCGAUGCCUAGUGACUAUCCUAUUGAGAUUACGGAACAGCUCACCAGUGACCUGCUGGAUCUGUACUGUCGCACGCCUUGUUGCUCGGCGAUCCGGCUGCCUAUCAUUGACACGGAGGAAUUUAUGGCCCGAUACAAAAGUGGUAGGGCUGCCAGAGUUCUAGUCUAUGCCAUAUGCGCAAUGACCGCAAGAAAUGCGUUCCAGGUCCAUGUCUGGAACAAAAAGACUAACAGCGGUGGUGGGAGUGGUGAUGGAUCGCAAUACAAUAUGGGCAAGGCUCUCUCGGUGGCCUAUUGCCUUCAAGCACGGGAGCUCUUGGCGGAUUGUUUCGAUGAACCGUCGCCAGAUACGUGCCGGGCAGCGAUAUUGCUGUCUUAUUGCAGUUACCAGAACGGGUAUCCAGGGCUCAUUAGCUACUAUGAAUGGAUCGCAGUUUCCAUGGCGCACGAUCUAGGCCUGUACGAUGGAUCCCUGUCGCUGUCACCGUACGACAAUAUGCUAGCAUGGUCUCUCUAUUACUUUCACAUAUGGAGCCAGCUGCUUCGAGGGGGAUCGGCGCGGCUGGGGGAUGGAUGGAACAGCCCGCCGCUGCAGUUGCUACAGCCUCCGCAGAAGACGCACAGAGACUACUACCUGCUCAGCACUUGGGCCUUCAAGUUCCAGCUGCAGACGCAGCGAGAUGCGGUGAUGGCGUGUAUCUUGUCUGCACAACAACAAGGCUUGAGCGCACAGGAACUUGCAGACAUGUUACAGCCACGAGAAAAACAACUUGACAACUUUUACAACCAGGAGCUGCCAUGGGAGUUCAAGCAAGACCUGUCGGGUCAGCUGCACCGUCACCAUCAUCACCACAAUAACAGUAGCGAACAUGGACGUUACACAGCCGACGUUGACAUGUUUGCCCGGGCGUGUAUUUUGUUGGUGCAGGUCGAAUUUAACAUCAAUAAGAUUUUACUCCACUAUCCGUUUUUGACGAUGCCGGCGACGACGACGACCAGCAAGGGACGCCGCGACUCGCACUUUGGCAUAUGCAUGCAUGCAGCUUAUUCUAUCACAUGCGCGAUCGAGGCCUCGGCAAAUUAUUGCAAUAGCCCAUUGAUUGGUCUCGUCUUUGCCAAUAGUGUCUAUCACAAGUUCUGGCGCUACACAAACAGUCAAUUGGCUCUACGCUAUCUGAAACGCUCAGUGGACAUUUGCAAAUCAACAACCGUCUACGCCUAUGAUUUCGAAAUGGCCAAGACGCUGGUCAAGAUUAUGGAAUCCCAUGUCGAGGUGGCAUGCAGUGACGGAAUGGACAAGGAUCGACAGUAG